UACACUUCAAUUCAUCGAUCAGUAUAUUUACCCCAUACUUAUAGUUCUAUUCUAGAAGAUUUCUAGCUACAACAAAAAAUAAGAAAUACAGAAUAUAUCGAUCAUGGUGUUCUUGUAUGACUUCCUUGCCACCUUCAAUGAGAAAGAAAAAGGAGUAGUCGGAGAUGAUGCGGCCAUUGCCGCGGCGGUGUUUGAUUUUAUGGGUGUGGCGGCGGAGGCAGCCUCGGUCGAGAGCGUUUCCACCGAACUCUGCCUCUUUCUGUGCCCACCCCAGCCUUCCCUCACCAAGCUUAUCAAUCUUCCGGAUAAUGAAGAUGAAACCUUGACACUCCGGUUGUCUCCGCCGGAUUCUAACACCAGUACUCUGACCACUCGGAAAAGAAAGACGUCGUCUCCAUGCCUGGAGGCGACGCCCGGAUCCAAGCGGUCAAGAACUUCUAAGUGCUCUAAGAGUUCAGAAAAAAGAGAAGGCAGCGGAGACAGCGAGGUGCACCAGAACCCUUCUCCGAGAGCUGGGGCUCUCGGAGAAGGAGGCGGGGAAGGGCCGUGGGUGAAGAAGAUGCUGAGCGCGAGCGACGUGAACUCGUCGUCGCGGCUUUUGCUGCCGAAGGCCGAGAUCAUGGAUAGGUACGUGUUGCCUUCUCUGGACAAGGAGAAGGAGAGCGCCUGCCAUAGCGCGAUGGGGCUGAAAGUGAAGGUGACGGACAUGGACGACGGGAAGGAAUGCGUGCUAACCCUUUUGCAGUGGAAAAGCGGAAGCUUUGUGCUCACUAACAACUGGUCCGAGAAAUUUGUUAGACGGAGGCUUUUGAAGGAAGGAGACUCCAUUGAGCUGUGCUGGAAUGCUCAAAACCUGGAGUUUCUCUUCCGCAAAUCCACAAACACAGGAAACGCAGUUAAUAAUGUUCCUGGAUCGACUUGACGAUUACUAGUACGAAGUAUAAUUAGGCUUAGCUUUGUUGACCUUUUGUUCAAUUCUUUUAUUUCUUCUUUCAUUGGUAAAUUUUUCAAAAAAAAACAUGUCGCAGGAUUUAAUCGAAUAGUUUGGUCCUCGAAAUUUCAACAAAAAAUUCAAUCGGGAAGACAUUCAAAUGAAUUCUUGAAGAUAAUAGCGUUUUUAACGGCACAGUCAUCUUCAAUAAUUCAUUUGAAUGUCUUCCGGAUAGAAUUUUUAUCUGAAAUUUGGUAUGAGUAAACUAGACUUAAUGAAUAAG